CAGGCAGGGCCUCGGAAACUCCACACGGAGCUGCCCCUGCCCUGGGUGGGCACCGCCCCUUCCCUUGGCCUUGGGGUUGCUCAGCUGCUCACUGCUCUUGCCUAGAGACUCAGCGAUGGGGCAGCUCGAACACCCCGUGGGGGUGAUGGAGAUCGCGGGCAGGUCCAGGCCGAAGCGCCCCAGCUUCCUGGAGGGGAGCCUGCUGCUCCUGCUGCUCCUGGUGACGGGUGCCCUGGUGGCCCUGGGCCUCCUCUAUGCCCAGAGCAGAGGGCAGCAGCUGCCGCUCCUUCUCAGCCGGCUGCGCUUCUCCCAGGAAGAGAAGACCCCCGCAGCUCGAGAACCCCGAGCCAUCAAAGUGUCCCAGGAUGACCAGAUCUGCACCAGCCCCGGCUGUGUGAUAGCAGCUGCCAGGAUCCUCCAGAACAUGGACCCGUCCAAGGCACCCUGUGAGGACUUCUACCAGUACGCCUGCGGGGGUUGGCUGCGGCGCCAGGUCGUCCCGGAGACCAACUCCCGGUACAGCAUCUUCGACACCCUGCGGGACGAGCUGGAGGUCACCCUCAAAGGGGUGCUGGAGAGUCCCUCCGCCAAGGACCGGCCGGCCGUGCGGAAGGCGAAGGCGCUGUACCGCUCCUGCAUGGACGAGAGCGUCAUAGAGAAGCGAGACUCUCAGCCGCUGCUGGACGUCUUGGAGGCAGUGGGAGGCUGGCCGGUGGCCACGGACAGGUGGACCGAUGCUGUAGGCCCCGGCUGGGAGCUGGAGCGGCAGCUGGCCACGAUGAACUCACAGUUCAACAAGCGCAUCCUCAUCGACCUCUUCAUCUGGAGUGACGACCAGAACUCCAGCCGACACAUCAUCUACAUAGACCAGCCCACCCUGGGCAUGCCGUCCCGAGACUACUACAUACAGAAGGGCAGCAACGAGAAGGUGCGCGAAGCCUACCUGCAGUUCAUGGCGUUGGUGGCCGCCAUGCUGCGGAAGGACGCGGGCCUCCCUGAGGACGGCCACCUGGUGCAGGCGGACAUGGCGCAGGUGCUGGAGCUGGAGACGCGGCUGGCGAACGCCACAGCCCCCCAGGAAGAGAGGCACGACGUCACCGCCCUGUACAACCGGAUGGAGGUGCGGGAGCUCCAGGACAAGUUCCCCCUGAAGGGGUUUAACUGGACCCUGUUCAUACAAUCCGUGCUGUCCUCAGUCAAGAUCAAGCUGCUCCCAGAUGAAGAGGUGGUGGUCUACGGCGCCCCCUACCUGCAGAACCUGGAAGACAUCAUCGAUGCCUUCUCAGCCAGGACCAUGCAGAACUACCUGGUCUGGCGCCUGGUGCUGGACCGAAUCAGCAGCCUGAGCCAGCGGUACAAGAACGCACGGGCCAACUACCGCAAGGCGCUGUACGGCAAGACCAAGGAGGAGGCGCGCUGGCGGGAGUGCGUCAGCUACGUCAACAGCAACAUGGAGAGCGCCGUGGGCUCCCUCUACGUCAAGGAGGCCUUCUCCCAAGACAGCAAGGAGGCGGUCAGAGAGCUGGUGGACAAGGUGCGGGAAGCAUUUGUGGAGACCCUGGAUGAGCUGAGCUGGAUGGACAAGGCCACCAAGCAGAAGGCCCAGGAGAAGGCCAUGAGCAUCAGGGUGCAGAUUGGAUACCCCAACUACAUUCUGGACAAAAGGAACAGACGCCUGGAUGAGGAGUAUUCCAAGCUGGACUUUUCAGAGCACCGCUACUUUGAGAAUGGCCUGCAGAACCUCAAGGCUGGUGCCCAGCGGAGCCUCAAGAAGCUGCGGAAGAAAGUGGAUCAGAACCUCUGGAUCAUUGGGGCUGCCGUGGUCAACGCGUUCUACUCUCCAAACCGGAACCAGAUCGUGUUCCCCGCGGGGAUCCUGCAGCCCCCCUUCUUCAGCAAGGAGCAGCCGCAGGCCUUGAACUUCGGGGGAAUUGGGAUGGUGAUCGGGCACGAGAUCACCCACGGCUUCGACGACAACGGCCGGAACUUCGACAAGAACGGCAACAUGCUGGACUGGUGGAGUAACUUCUCAGCGCAGCGCUUCCAGACGCGGUCGGAGUGCAUGGUCUACCAGUACGGGAACUACUCCUGGGACCUGGCGGAGCAGCAGAACGUGAACGGGUUCAGCACCCUUGGGGAGAACAUCGCUGACAACGGAGGGGUGCGGCAGGCGUACAAGGCCUACCUGAAGUGGAGAGAGGAAGGCGGCAGGGACCAGCAGCUACCAGGACUGGAGCUGACCUUCGAGCAGAUCUUCUUCAUCAGCUACGCCCAGGUGUGGUGCGGGUCCUACCGGCCGGAGUUCGCGGUCCAGUCCAUCAAGACUGAUGUCCACAGCCCCCUAAAGUACAGGGUGCUGGGCUCCCUGCAGAACCUGGCCGCCUUCGCCAACGCGUUCCACUGUGCCCGCGGCACCCCCAUGCACCCCCUGGUGCGGUGCCGUGUCUGGUAGCCAAGGCCAAGCUGCAGCCUGGCCCUCGCCCACCCGCGGUCCUAGGCACCCCCGCCGCCCCGAGACUGUGCGGCCGGUGGGGACCUGCCUGCGCCCCAUGUGGGGCCUGGAGCAGAGGUCCCACCCCAGACACCCAGAGGUGAGGGAGCCCAGCCCCUCGCCCAGCUGCAGCGAGAGCACGGGCCACCCCCUCUCAGCGCUGCACGUGGAUUUAACUCCCACUGAACACACAUCGUCACCAAAAGUCCUCGAGCUUCAGACCUGAGCUGAGUAAACGCUUCAAAGAA